ACAGGUUACCCCUCCCUCCCUCCCUUCGCCGUGACCCGGUAGUCGACAGCUGACUGCUUGCGAGCUUCGGAGACGCGGUAGCACUAGAUCAGCUUCCGGGACUCGACCAGACGCCUGCGACUCUUCUCAGACGUCCACGAGCACGAGAAAUCAAGAUACGCCUGUUAAUCUAACAAGUCACAGUGACUACUGUUAAUUCUAUUUAAAAUGGGUAUAAAGAAGAAGAAAGAAAUGCAGGUUGCUGCGUUGACCAUUUGUCAUCAGGACCUCGAAACUCUGAAAUCUUUUGCUGAUGUGGAAGGGAAAAAUCUAGCUUCUUUGCUGUUACAUUGUGUACAACUCACAGAUGGAGUGUCACAAAUCCAUUAUGUUAAACAGAUUGUGCCUUUACUGGAGAAAGUAGAUAAAAAUGGCGUGUGUGAUCCCACUAUUCAAAGUUGUUUGGAUGUUUUAGCAGGCAUUUAUCUUUCUUUGAGUCUAAAGAAUCCCUUGAAGAAAGUAUUGUCAAGCUCACUAAAUAGCCUACCUGAAUUUUUUCUGACUGCGGCUAUACACAGUUUUACUUCUCGUCUUCAGGAAGAAUUGAAUACUACUGACUUAUACUCUUAUAGGAAAGUAAUUGACAAUAUAUCUUCCUGUAUGGAGAACUUUAACUUGGGUAGAGCAAGUGUUAAUAAUCUGCUUAAAAAUGUGCUUCAUUUUCUGCAGAAGAGUUUAAUUGAAAUCCUGGAAGAAAAUAGAAAAUGUGCUGGAAAUCAUAUUAUUCAAACACAGUUAAUGAAUGACUUACUGGUAGGCAUUAGAGUUUCAAUGGUGUUAGUACAGAAAGUACAGGAUUUCCAGGAAGAUCUUUGGAAGACUUCUAGUUCUCCCAUAUGGCAAAAUAUGUGUGGAUUGCUGAGUAUUUUUACCAAGUUUUUAAUUGAUGAUGAUCUAUUACAGACUAUACGGAGCACAUCUGGAUUAGCUGUUAUUCUUUUUAUUAAGACUAUGUUACACCCAUCUGAAAAGAUUCCUCAUUUGAUUAGCAGUUUGCUGCUUCAUUCAGUGGACUGUACCAGCACCCCCGAGUGGUUUAUGAGCAGCUGCAGGAGCCUCUGUUGUGCUGAUGUCUCUGAGUCAGCUGUCUUAUUCCUGUGUCAGGGGACACUUGCCAUGUUGGACUGGCAGAAUGGGAGCGUGGGCCCAAAUGGGGAGGCCCUGCUCUUGGAUACUGCACAUGUUUUGUUCACCUUGAGUUCACAAAUUAAAGAGCCAACGCUGGAAAUGUUUCUGUCUAGAAUCUUGGCAUCCUGGACUAAUUCAGCUAUACAAGUUCUUGAAUCAAGUUCCCCAAGCCUAAGGGACAGCCUGAAUGGGAAUUCAAGUAUAGUUGGGAGACUUUUGGAAUAUGUCUAUACCCAUUGGGAACAUCCAUUGGAUGCUCUGAGACACCAAACCAAAAUCAUGUUCAGAAAUCUUCUCCAGAUGCACCAGCUCACUGUGGAAGGUGCAGAUUUGGUCCCUGAUCUUUUCUUUGUGGAAUUGACUGAGAGUCUUCUACGAUUGGAAUGGCAUAUUAAAGGAAAGUACACAUGCCUUGGUUGUUUGGUAGAGUGCGUAGGAAUUGAACAUAUUUUGGCUAUAGAUAAAACUAUUCCAUCUCAAAUCUUAGAGGUGAUGGGGGACCAGUCAUUGGUACCUUAUGCAAGUGACCUCUUGGAAACCAUGUUUAAAAAUCAUAAGAGUCAUUUGAAAUCUCAGACUGCUGAGAGUACUUGGAUUGACCAGUGGCAUGAGACUUGGGUUUCUCCUCUCCUUUUUAUACUGUGUGAAGGAAACUUGGAUCAAAAGUCUUACGUGAUUGAUUAUUACUUGCCAAAAUUAUUAAGUUACAGCCCUGAAAGCUUACAGUACAUGGUAAAGAUUCUUCAGACUUCUAUUGAUGCUAAAACUGGACAAGAGCAGUCUUUCCCAUCCUUAGGGUCUUGUAAUAGCAGGGGGGCUCUGGGGGCUUUGAUGGCAUGCCUGCGAAUAGCUAGAGCUCAUGGACAUCUUCAGUCUGCAGCUGAUACCUGGGAGAACCUCGUGUCUGGUGCAAGAAUAAAGCAAGGCUUAGUUCAUCACCAUUGCCAAGUAAGGAUAGAUACAUUAGGCUUGCUUUGUGAAAGUAAUCGAAGCACAGAAGUUGUUUCCGUGGAAGAAAUGCAGUGGAUUCAGUUCUUUAUUACAUAUAAUCUUAACAGCCAGUCUCCAGGAGUGCGGCAACAGAUCUGUUCUCUUCUUAAAAAGCUGUUUUGUAGGAUCCAGGAAAGUUCUCAGGUGCUUUAUAAAUUGGAGCAGAGUAAAUCCAAACAUGAACCACAGAAUGAGUUAACCAAACAGCACACUUCUGUUUCUUUACAGCAGUAUAAGAAUUUUAUGUCAUCCAUUUGCAAUAGUCUUUUUGAAGCAUUGUUUCCUGGAUCUUCCUACUCAACUAGAUUUUCAGCUUUAACCAUUUUAGGCUCAGUAGCGGAAGUUUUUCAUGUUCCAGAAGGUAGAAUUUAUACAGUAUAUCAGCUAAGCCAUGAUAUUGAUGUUGGUCGUUUCCAAACACUCAUGGAAUGUUUCACCAGCACUUUUGAAGACGUGAAAAUUUUAGCAUUUGAUCUUCUGAUGAAGUUAUCGGAAACAGCUGUACAUUUUCAGGAUUCAGAGAAACUGCAAGGCUUAUUUCAGGCAGCAUUGGAGCUCAGCACAAGCACCAAACCGUACGACUGUGUGACAGCUUCCUACCUGCUGAACUUCUUAAUCUGGCAGGAUGCUCUACCGUCAUCCUUGUCUGCCCACGUAACUCAGCUUGCUUGUGGUGAUGGAGAUAGGUCUGCUGCUGUGGUGGAAAGGAACACACUAAUGGUUAUCAAAUGCUUGAUGGAAAUUCUUGAGGAAGAAGUAUCUCAGGCUGAAAAUUCUCUGCUUCAGGCAGCAGCAUCAUUUCCAAUGUAUGGGCGAGUCCACUGUAUAACAGGAGCAUUGCAGAAGUUACCUAUAAACAGCCUGCAGUUGGUGAGUGAGUGGAAACCUGUGGUAGAGAGGCUCCUUUUGAUGUCCUACAGGCUUUCUGCUGUGGUGUCUCCAGUCAUUCAGAGCUCAUCGCCUGAAGGUCUCAUCCCAAUGGACACUGAUUCAGAGUCAGCAAACCGCUUACAGAUGAUUCUGAAUGAGAUUCAGCCACGAGAUACUAAUGAUUAUUUUAACCAAGCCAAAAUAUUGAAAGAAUGUAAUAACUUUGAUAUGGAGGACUUGAAUGCCAGUGUGCUGAAUAUUGAUACUUCUACAGAAAUCAAAGGUAAAGAAGAAAAAACAUGUGAUGUAACUGCUCAGAUGGUGCUGGUAUGUUGUUGGAGAAGUAUGAAGGAAGUUGCUUUACUUUUAGGCAUGUUGUGCCAGCUUCUGCCCAUGAGGUCUGUGCCAGAAUCUUCUGAUGGAUUAUUGACGGUAGAGCAGGUAAAAGAAAUAGGAGAUUACUUUAAACAAAACCUUUUACAGUCCAGGCACAGAGGAGCAUUUGAACUGGCUUAUACUGGUUUUGUGAAACUCACUGAGGUACUUAACAGGUGCCCAAAUGUGGAUCUGCAAAAGCUGCCGGAGCAGUGGCUAUGGAGUGUUUUAGAGGAAAUUAAAUGCAGUGAUCCUUCAUCUAAACUCUGUGCUACAAGGCGCAGUGCUGGAAUUCCUUUCUAUAUACAGGCACUGUUGGCAUCUGAACCAAAGAAAGGCAAAAUGGAUUUGUUGAAAAUAACAAUGAAAGAGUUAAUCUCUUUGGCUGGGCCUACAAAUGACUUACAGAGCACAGUCCCCCAGGUUCAUGCUUUAAAUAUCCUUAGAGCGUUGUUCAGAGAUACACGCCUGGGAGAAAAUAUUAUUCCUUAUGUAGCUCAUGGAGCUAAGGCUGCAAUUCUGGGUUUUACAUCACCGGUCUGGGCAGUGCGAAAUUCAUCCACACUUCUCUUUAGUGCCUUGAUCACAAGAAUUUUUGGAGUUAAAAGGGGAAAGGAUGAACAUUCCAAAACAAAUAGAAUGACAGGCAGAGAGUUUUUCUCGCGUUUCCCAGAACUCUAUCCUUUUCUUCUCAAGCAGUUGGAAACUGUAGCCAAUACAGUAGACAGUGACACCAGAGAACCAAAUCGUCAUCCAAGCAUGUUUCUCUUACUUUUGGUGUUGGAGAGACUCUACCCUUCCCCGAUGGAUGGCACUUCUUCUGCUCUCAGCAUGGGACCUUUUGUUCCCUUCAUUAUGAGGUGUGGUCGCUCACCUGUCUACCACUCCCGUGAAAUGGCAGCUCGUGCCUUGGUCCCAUUUGUUAUGAUAGAUCAUAUUCCUAAUACCAUCCAAACUCUGUUGGCCACACUCCCCAGCUGCACUGACCAGUGUUUCCGGCAAAACCAUAUUCAUGGGACACUUCUCCAGGUUUUUCAUUUGUUGCAAGCCUACUCAGACUCCAAACACAGAACGAAUUCAGACUUCCAGCACGAACUGACUGACGUCACUCUUUGUACCAAAGCCAAACUCUGGCUGGCUAAGAGGCAAAAUCCAUGUUUGGUGACCAGAGCUGUCUAUAUUGAUAUUCUCUUCCUGUUGACCUGCUGCCUCAACAAAUCUACAAAGGACAAAGAGCCAGUUCUGGAGAAUCUUGGCUUCUGGGAGGAAGUCAGAGGGAUUAUCUCGGCAUCAGAGUUGAUAACAGGAUUUCCCAGUGCCUUCAAGGUGCCAGGCCUGCCCCAGUACCUCCAGAGCCUCACCAGAUUAGCCAUUGCUGCAGUGUGGGCCACAGCAGCCGAGAGUGGAAAGCGGGCGAGGGACGUCCCCAUCUCUUUCUCUCGGCUGUUAGAAUCUACCUUCCCUGAAGUGCGCUCAUUGACACUGGAAGCUCUCUUGGAAAAGUUCUUGUCGACAGCCUCUGGACUCGGAGAGAAGGAACUGCCACCCUUGCUGUGCAACAUGGGAGAGAAAUUCUUAUUAUUGGCCAUGAAGGAGAAUCACCCAGAAUGCUUCUACAAGAUACUGAAAAUUCUCCACUGCAUGAACCCUAGUGAGUGGCUUCCCCAGACGGAGCACUGUGUCCAUCUGACCCCAAAGGAGUUCUUGAUCUGGACGAUGGAUAUUGCUUCCAAUGAAAGAUCUGAAAUACAGAGUGUAGCUCUGAGACUUGCCUCUAAAAUCAUUUCCCACCAUAUGCAGACAUGUGUGGAGAACAGGGAAUCGAUAUCUGCUGAGCUGAAACAGUGGGUUCAGCUGGUCAUCUUGUCCUGUGAAGACCAUCUCCCUACAGAGUCUAGGCUGGCCGCUGUUGAAGUCCUCGCCAGCACUGCACCACUUUUCCUCACCAACCCCCGUCCUAUUCUUGAGUUUGCCCUCUGCCAGGUGGAUGCCUCCAUCGCUCUGGACCUGGCCCUGGCUGUCCUGUGUGAUCUGCUCCAGCAGUGGGACCAGCUGGCUCCUGGACUGCCCAUCAUGCUGGGAUGGCUGCUGGGAGAGAGUGACGACCUCGUGGUCUGUGUGGAGAGCAUGCAUCAGGUGGAAGAAGACUACCUGUUUGAAAAAGAAGCAGUCAACUUUUGGGCUGAGACCCUGAUCUUUGUGAAAUACCUCUGCAAGCACCUCUUCUCUCUCCUCUCCACGUCUGGCUGGCGUCCCCCAAGCCCUGAGAUGCUCUGUCACCUUCAAAGGAUGGUGUCAGAGCAGUGCCGCCUCCUGUCUCAGCUCUUCAGAGAGCUUCCACCAGCUGCUGAGUUUGUGAAGACAGUGGAAUUCACAAGAAUGUGCAUUCAAAAGGAAAGGACUUUGGCUUGCUUGAGGCUGCUGGCCUUUCUGGAAGGAAAGGAAGGGGAAGACACACUAGUUCUCAGUGUUUUGGACUCUCCUGCAGAAGUGAGGCAGUUAACUCUUCCAAGAACAGAAGCAGCAUGUUGAAGAAAGAAAAUUGGGGGGAUUGGAUUGGGCGUAUGUGCGGAUUAUUCCUCCACUAUAUCUGCAGGAAACAUGUUGAACAUAAAUUGAAAAAUGCUAUCCCCUUCAUGCCUCCCCUACUUCUGUGAGUCCAGGUUUCUGUCACUUCUUACAGAGAAACUUUUCUUCAGCUCACUCAUUCAGGGCAGCCCACUUUAUUGCUACUGUAGGAAGUGAGGCGACUCAGGUGCAGAUUUGCUCUGUCCCCAGCCCCUGCAGGCCUAAAUGAGCCUUUUUCAUCUCCCAGGCCUCUAAUGCCCUGCCAUAGCUGCCCUGCGUUCCCUGUGAAGGGACUACAUUUUAGCACACACAUGAUGCCUCCCCCCUCCCAUUUUCUGGCUCUAUUUAGGGGAUGGAUUAGUUGGCAAACAGCCCAUUUGGUCAGAUUUAUAAAUUUUGUUCCAUUUUAGCAAAGCAGAAAUAUGUUCCAAAUGUUGGAUUCUGGGAGAGUUCAGGAUCAACCUUAUACAAAUAAUUUAUUUUUAUUGUCUGCAUGUGUAAGUCCUGCAGUGACCUACACAUUCCAUCCUAAUUAUUAAAAGAGCCAUUGAGAGCUCCCCCAGCCCCCAAAAAGUAUGCUAAUGCUAGGAAACCUGAUUUUGCCACCCAGUGAAAUUCUAUCCAUGCUCUCAGCUGUGAGGAGGAGCCUGGGGAAAGGACAGCCAGAGAAAAUGACUUAUUCCAUGCCUACAUUGUUUGCUUAUCAUCUGCUUGGUGGCAGUAACAAGAUUCUCACUUAAGAUGCCAUUAAACACAUUUAUCCUUUGCAGUGAUAAUCUAGAAACCUUAAUGUUUCUGCCUUUUCAAGCCCAGCCCAGUCCUUUUCCUAACACACCCAGCAGGUGGCGCUCUUGCAUACGUUUUGCUGCUGGUCCAGUUUUUCAUUGGCUCACCAUUUUUAAUUUAUAAUUUCAGAAUAAGUGUUGCCCAGAAUAACUCAGAAUAAGUCAUCUUGAGAAUCACAGUUUGGAUGGGUCGUAGCCUCAUCCACAUUCAUUUUCCAUCCUACAGAUCUGAAAAAAACCAUUUCAAUCAUAGUAUAUAAAGUUGCUCCAGAUUUUAGAGUCUGUAAAAAUUUCCAAUACUCAGGUGAAUGAUCACAUAGAGUAAUUUCAUUGGUGUUUCAGAGUCUGAAGGGGCAGGUUAGAGAGAGUUACGAUCAUUUCCUACUGCAGAAAAGUUCAUAUUUCAAAUUAAUUCAUCUCUUUUUGAGAGAAAUACACCUAACACUAAAAACGCAGCUGUAAGCCAGGAAUGGUGGUGCACACUUGUAAUCCCAGCUACUCGGGAGGCUGAGGUGGGAGGAUCGCCCAGGAGUUCAUGCCUGUGAAAUGCCGCUGUACUCCAGCCUAACACAGCAAAACCCCUUCACUAAAAGAAGGAAUUUAAGAACAAAAAAGCAGCCGUACUGGAAGUAUAGGAAAAGGGCUUUGGUGGAAGAGAUAGGAGAGCAGCUCAGUGUCCAAAGUUUUGUCCUAAAGAGAACAGGAAAUUCUCUGGGAGGUUUUGCAACCACUUGGCCCCAAAUGUGGUUUUUGUGAUCCUGAACUAAUUACCUAGUUAGGCAGCUGUGUAGCCCACACCUGAUGGAAAGUUGCCAACCUAACACUUUUUGUUCUAAGACCUGGCUGAUGAGAAGUCAGGGACUUGGUGGCAUAAAUGUGGUGAUAACCACAGGAGAAUAGGAGAAUAAUUAUGAAACUGGCCCAGCAAAGCCCAGCUCAUUGGAAAUGACCAGCACUUCUUGUUUCUCCAUUUAAAAUGAAAUAAAAGCAGCUACAUCAUGAAUUUUAUACUAGCAGGUACUCUGUACACAAGCAUGUCCCAUAACACGUCCACAUAUUACCUCCAGAAUCCUACCUCAUCCACAAAGUGGGUGUUCUCACAGCUGUUGACUGGGACUCACCCCAGAUUUGGACGUUGAUUCAAACAGAUGCUUCACUGGUUCUGUAUCUGCAAUCUUGUUACUAACCUAAUGGAAGUGCCUAGGGAAGUGGCUGUUUCACACCAUUUGGUAAGAUGUUUGGGGUCAUCUCGCCAAAGAACAAACCAGACCACAGUUGCCCAGGUCUGUCAAGGGGCCAGUGUAAGGUAGGCGCUAAAAGUGAAACUGGUCCUCUUGGCUCUGAGUCCUAAGGUUCAGGAUUUGGGUGCUCCCACAGCUCUGCACUCCUGACUGGCUCCGUCCAUCUGGCCGUAGUUCAAAAGCCUGGCUUUCUCCACCUCUAUGCGUUGUCAAUUUGGUUUAAUACAUAAAGAUGGUUUA